AUGUACGCCCAUAACUCAGCAAACAAUAGUUUGUGUCCUCAGCACAACUGGCCCAGAGGUGCCCCGGCCUUAUCCCGCGAUCUUGAAGAACUCAGGGCAGGUCUCACCUCUAUGGCCGUCUCAUCAAGCACGCGGCUCCCUCCUGGAUUCGCGGCCAACCAGGGAGCUCCACCUGGCCAUCUGCAGUAUCAUCGGCAAAGCGUGGAUACCCGAUUCAGAGAAGCUCCGGGAGCAUCAUCGCCUGCGGAUAGGUCCGCUCUCCGAGCCGUGCUCCCCACGUACGAGCGCCACGCCGCUCCUAUCGGCCAACUAGACAGCGCCCCUGACCCCCCAGCUCCCCAGCAGACGGGACGGCAGAAUGACGAGGCCGAUGCCGUCUACGACAUUUACAGACUCCCCCAGUUCCCCCUCUCCUUCGUCCGCCCCGCUCCCGGGCCCAAGCACGAUGCUCUUCAGCAGACCGACCUGCGCCACGACACGGGGGAUGUGGCAAGGGCGUAUAACCCGCCGGCGUGGCGGGCCCACUUAGGGAACCAGGACGACAGCAGCUGCGAGACCACGGCCCCCGAGCGCACCUACCCCUUAGGAGGUGCGGACGUCGACGCCGAGCUGCAUUACGCGCGGCUGUGGCGGCAGCAGAUGGCGGCGGCGGGGAUGUCGCCGCGGUACCGGGGGAACCCGUGGGUGGCGGGGAACCGGUCGGCGGACGUGCCGGAGGGGCUGAACACGGCGCUGUGGGUGACGAACCUGCCGCCGGGGUGCACGCACGGGGCGCUGCUGGGGGCGAUCCGGGGGUGCGGGAAGGUGUUCGCGGCGGUGCUGAGCGGGCCGGAGGAGGGCGGGGCCGGGGCCGGGGGCGGGCACGCGACGUCGGCGGCGAAGCUGGUCUUCUUCUCGCGCGCGGGCGCCGAGCGGCUCGCGACCCAGGCCCGCGCCGGCCGCUUCGCCGUCCAGGGCUACGCGCCCCGCGUGCGGCCCAACCGCGUGCGCUCGGCCCCCCGGCCCCCCGGCCCCCAGUCCCGCGUCCUCCACGUCCGCGGGCCCCCCGCCCUCGUCGGCCCCGCCGCCCUCCUCCCCUUCUUCGCCGACCGCUUCCGCUUCGACCUCGAGGCCGUCGUCCCCCUCCCCCCCGACCGCGGCCCCCGCGCCGCCCUCGAGUGCCGCUUCGCGAGCUACCGCUGCCAGGCCCAGGCCGCCCGCCGCUGCAUCGCCCGCGAGAAGGAAUGGGCGGCCGCCCGCGCGCGCGAGGCGCGUGACGCCGACGCCGGCGCGUACGCCGCCCUGUGGGCCCAGGUCACGGUGCGCUUCGGCGUCGACCCGUGCGCUUGA